AUAUAGAGAUAGUGUGUGCAUCCCGAUGUCUGGGAGAUAGAGCAGCAAAAGCACACAAAUAUUUGCACAUCCCCAGAAAAGGGAGAGAAAACACUUCCUGUCCGUAGUAAAUUCCUCGUACACGUGCUGCAUCGUCUGCGGCCGGGAUCUGCAAAGGCAACAACUCCAUCUCCAUCUCAGUCUCCGUUUUUUACUCGAACUCCAAUCAGGAGCCGUUCCGUCUAGCUUUUCUUUUUUUUGCCGUAUUUUUUGCCCGAGUUUCACCAGCACCGCCAUGCAUUCGCCGGCUGCCAAAGUGUCGGGCUACGUCGUCCUGAUGAUUGUGCAAAUAAUCUUCCUGGUUCUAUUCUGGCUGUUCGUGCGUUACGAAAAGACGGCGAUGCCCCGGGCAAUCGGCGACGAAGACGCUGGAUCAGCAAACGAACACGUUUCCAAAUAUCCGCAGUUCCAGGACAUCCAGGUGAUGAUCUUCAUCGGUUUCGGCUUCCUGAUGACCUUCCUGCGGAAAUACGGAUACAGUGCCACCGGUUUCACCCUGUUUAUGGCCGCCUUGGUGGUACAGUGGGCAGUCCUGAUGAAGGGAUUCCUCCACAUGGAGGGCGGCAAGAUCAGCCUCUCCCUGGAGAACAUCAUUGAUGCGGAUAUUGCCGCCGCCGUGCCCCUGAUUAGCAUGGGCGCUCUGCUGGGCAGGACCACGCCCAUCCAACUCCUGUGCAUGUCCAUCUUCGAGGUGGCUCUUUUCGCGGCCAACGAGUACCUGGCCCUGCAUGUUUUCAGUAUUUGCGACUGUGGCGGUUCCAUCACUGUUCAUGCCUUCGGCGCCUAUUUUGGACUGGCGGUGGCCCUGAUGCUGAGGCCCGCCAGCGAUCAAAAUGAGGCAGGAAAGCUGGAGGGCGCCAGCUACACCUCGGACAUCUUCGCCAUGAUCGGCACCACCUUCCUGUGGGUGUACUGGCCCAGCUUCAACUCGGUGCUGGCCGAGGGAGCCGGCGGCGAGCGGGCCAUUUUGAACACGUUCCUGUCAUUAGCCGCGGCAACAGUGACCACCUUCGUUGUAUCCGCGCUUGUCAGCCACGAGAAUAAAUUGGACAUGGUGCACGUGCAGAACUCGACCCUCGCCGGCGGCGUGGCCGUUGGAACGGUGUGCAACUUGCUGCUCGGCGCCCACGGAGCUGUCUUAAUUGGCAUUAUCGCCGGCACGGUCUCGGUGCUCGGCUAUCGCUAUUUAACCCCCUGGAUGACGGCCAAUCUGAGGCUGCACGACACCUGUGGCGUGCACAACCUUCACGGAAUGCCUGCCCUGAUUUCGGCCAUUGCCUCCGCCAUUUACGCCUCGAUGGCCACCGUGGGCGAUUACCAAGCGGAGCUGCAGGACAUUUUCCCGGCCAUGGUGGGCACCAACGGAACCGAGACCAAAAUCAUGGGCGGUCUUGGCCGGAAUGCAACUUCACAGGCGGGCUACCAAUUGUUCGGCAUCGCUGUCACACUGCUCAUUGCCAUCGGUGGUGGUAUUUUGACAGGUGCCGUGUUGAAGUACACCAAUUUCCGGAACCUGAAGAAGGACGAGCAGCACGAGGACGAGCACUACUGGGAGGUGCCGGCUGUCGAGAACAAGGAGGAAUAUGAACUAGAGAAAGUUGACGAGCUUUUGCUGUAAGCCAAGUAAGCCAAAAAACACCCAAACAAAUGCAACUCUGCAGCAUUUCCAUGAGAAGAGGACAAUGGGUCCCGGCCAAUCCUUUUGUUGUCCUUGCUUCGCUUCGCUUAAUUUUUGUAGACAUUUGUCGCAUUUAAUUAAAAACUCCAACAAUUUACACAUUUAAUUAGCGUCGAGCACCGAAAAAGCAAAAAAAAGUAUUAGCAAUAAAAAUAUUUUAAAUGUGACAUUUUGCCCUCCAA